AUGGCGACUCGUUACAAUCCUAGCACCAAGAGUUUAGAUUUGUCACAAUUCCAUGCUUGUUCAGUGUUUACCAAUAACCAACUAUUUGUACCAUUGAAUCAACCAGCCGUUCUUUUGGUAGCAAUCAACAUGGUUGCUCAACAUACCAAGCAUGACUUGUAUGGUUUAAGUCUUGAAAAUAAUCACAUAUAUUUAGAUGAAGGUCUUGUAUGGAUACGUAGAUUGUUCCCUGAACUGAAAGUGUUGGAUUUUGCUGGCAACAAAUUUUCUGAUUUAAAAGAUUUAAGGUGUCUCUCAGGUUACACUAUUCGUGAGCUGAACUUGUCCAGAAAUCCUAUGAGCAAUACAGAGGACAAAGAGCGUUACAAACGGUAUGCUCAUUUUUAUGCUUCAGAUUUAACACCACUUACCAUAUAUUCAUACUAUUUAUGUUCUAGGAAUGUACAAAAAUAUUUUCCUAUGCUAAACAAGUUGGAUAACGCGGAACUGUUGUCUCGGUAUAGUGCGGCGAUUAUUGGAUCCAAGUUUAAAAUGCCAAUUAACUUGGGUAAUAGUUAUCCAAUACCAGAAGGCCAUAAUCCUGAACUGCCAAAUCCAAUAAUGACUUUAGUAGAAUCAUUUCUCAAUCUAUAUUAUAUACUAUAUGAUAACCAAGUGUCUAGACAAACGUUAUCGGAAGCUUACCAUAUAAAUGCCACAUUUACGUUAUCCAGUUGUUUUCUAUUUAAAAAAGUUCCAAAUAGUUUAUCAAAGUAUCUACCUGAAAGUAGAAAUUUUUUGAAAUCUGACCAAAAUAGACAUGGAAGACGUCAAUUUUUACAUAAAGGCAAAGAAGACAUAAUAAACUUUUUAGACAAGUUACCUAAUACCAAACAUGAUUUUGGUUCAUUCAUAGUUGAUGUUCCAUUGGCAACUGCUGCAAUGGUUCAGAUUGUAGUAAACGGUGUGUUUGCUGAAAAUUUUAAAAUAACCAACUACAGAAACAUAUAUCGAUCAUUCUGCAGAACAUUCUGUAUAGUACCGGUUGGGAGUGGUUGGAAUAUAAUUAGUGAUAUGUUAUUUGUAACAAUAGUCACAGAUGAGUUAUUAUUAGAGUCUUCAAAACGGUUCCAUGUUUUCAAAUCAAAACCAGUAUCACCAAAAAUAGAUAAUUUAAAUGGCAACAGUAACCAAAAUGGAACAAUAUUUAUGGAAGAUACUGAAGAGAUGGCUGGCAUGGAAUCACCAUUAUCCUAUCAACAGCCUCCCAUACCCAGGUGCCCACCACCAUCUUAUCAGCAAUCCAUAUUUUCAUCUUAUCAGCUUUCAUCGACGGCUCCUAUUAAUCCACAGCAAUCAUCACCUUAUCAAGGAUGCAUACACACAUCUACUCAACAGGUCCAACAAAUGGCGCCUGCAGCAACAGAAAAUUCCCAACCAGACUUGCAACACCAGUCAAAUUCCUCAUUUCCUAUUGGCGACACAAUAUCACCUUCAACAACAGCAUUUCCUACACCUUCAACUCCUGCUUCUUUACCUGUAAAUCAAUUUUCGACUGAAGUGCCUGUUAAUUUGAUGAGGGAUACUAACGCAAAUCCCGAUAAGAUGACUAUGGUUAAGAGUUUUUCUAAAGAGUCUGGAAUGAAUAUUGAAUGGGCUGAAAAGUGUUUAGAAGAAAAUUAUUGGGAUUAUGCUAAAGCUGUUUCAUGUUUUUCCGGCCUAAAAGCUAAUAUUCCACCUAUAGCUUUCAUACAUUAA